CCCUAUUUUGGGGGGUUUUCUUCCUCCCCGGUCACCUUGAUAUUGGGGGAGCUUCGCCUCCCCUGCCUUCUCUUGUCGACGUCUCCCUCUCCCUCUCCUUCCUCCAGCACCAGCGGCAGCUGUCGGAGCACGACAGCUGCGGUGAAGAGUCAUCCUUCAUAGGGAGGAGGAAAGGGGACGACGGCAGGAGUUUAAGCCAACAAUCUCUCAUCAUAUCGUAAUAGAGAGCACAACGACAGAAGCCAUGGGCAGUAAUGGCAGAGAGCAUAGGUGCGGAGUCCCACGCCCGCCACCUUUAUCACUUUACAGGGACUGGGAGGAGGAAGAGGUCGUCAAGGUCGGCAGACGCCAGCAGUCGCCGCUGGAACAGUCAACAUCGAUUUCAGCCACAGCCGGCAUUGCCAACAAGAAGAGGUUGUCAAAGCAGGUGUCCAUGAAGGAGACCACCCGGGAGGUCAAGUGGGAGAAGCGGAGGCGACAGAUACAGCGACAGAGGAGCAGCAUGCGCCUCAACGAAGCUGACGACAGGGCUGGUAGCAGGACUGUCUGUCAUGUUGACAGCGAGGCGAGCUCGAGCGCGGAGCGGGUGUCGUCCAAGCGUAUAACCGACGAGGACCUCGAUGAGCUGAGGGGAUCCAUGGAUCUCGGCUUCAGGUUCGACGAGCACAAGGGCGGGCAGGACCUGUGCGACACGCUCCCGGCCCUCGACAUCUACUUUGCUGUCAACCGGCAGCUGUCCGAGCCCAAAAUGCGGUUUUCUACGAGCUCAGCACCGUCUCUCUUGGCCACCAAGUCGUCGCCCAACCUCUGCGGCACGCCCAGCCCCGGAAGUCCUAGUACGCACUCUAAUAACCCCUUGGAGUCAUGGAAAAUUUGCAGUCCAGGAGAUAACCCACAGCUUGUGAAGACAAGGCUUAGGCACUGGGCUCAAGUAGUGGCUUGUUCAGUGAAGCACUCCAGCUGAUCCUCGCCAGUGUCCUAUCCACGCCCUUCCUCCAUAUAUAUACUCGUACAAGUGGUUGCCGCGUUAGAUCGAUGGCGACGGAUUAGUCGUGUCCGAGUGAACUAGAAUUGACCUUGUUGCUCUAAUGUCCGUGGUGACAAUGUUGUGGAUAGAUUUAGCGUCGUGUUGGCAAAAAAAAAUAUAAAUAUUUGUAUGAGCAGUCCGUGUUUGGCAUGGACAGUUCGAUGAAAAAGAAAAUUAUCUGGACCA